CUACGGUCCGCGGCGUUUCGGCAUCCGGCACCUCAAGCGCCGAGAAGUCUAUUAGGUACGUACGAGAUGAUCGCAAUCUAUGGUGCACCCACAGGUCGGCUCAACUCGCAUUCCUCGCAAAUGACACCCGAUUUUCUUCCAAACAUCACACAGUAUAGCGUAAACUCAGCGCCUUACUGUUAUCUUCUUAGGCUCACUAUCUGUCCAACCUUACUGGCUGCAGCCUCAUAUUCCGGGCGGCAGGCGAGAUGGUUGACCCAAAACCGGCUUAGUGCCUUUGCAGCAUAA